GAUUAGAGUCUCUGAAUCAACAGAAACACAAAUACAAAAUGAUCAUUCCAAGCGUGCUAGUUUUACCAUAUCCAGCUCAAGGACAUGUCAAUCCCAUGAUGAACUUCUCACAAAAUUUGGUUGAGCAUGGAUGCAAAGUCUAUUUUGUGAACACAGACUUCAACCACAAGCGAGUGGUGAGUUCCAUGGUAGAGCAGAAAGAAAGACUUGAUGAAUCACUGUUAAAGUUGGUGUCAAUCCCGGAUGGUUUAAGACCUGAGGAUGACAGAAGAGAUUUUAAUAAGCUAAGUGAUGCUAUACUAAUCUCCAUGCCUUCAAUGCUUCAGAAGCUCAUAGAGGAAAUUCAUUUGAAUGGUGAGGAUAGAAUCAUCUGUAUAGUUGCAGAUUUGAAUAUGGGAUGGGCUUUGAAUGUUGGGAACAAGUUGGGAAUCAAAGGAGCAGCCUUCUGGCCUGCAUCAGCAGCUAUAUUUGCCUUUCACUGCAACAUCCCCACACUUAUUGAUAAAGGGAUCAUAGUUUCUGAUGGAUUACCAAUCACUAAAAACACAUUUCGGAUAUCACCAACUAUUCCUAUGAUGGACACAGGAUCCGUUCCAUGGAAAGCUAUAGCUGGCUCAAUAAUUUUUAAAAAAUUAAUUAAAGUUAGUACGGAGAUCGUAGAAAUUACAAAUUUGACAGAGUGGUGGCUUUGCAACACUACAUUUGAACUUGAACAUGAGGUAUUGUCCUUUGUUCCGAAGCUCCUACCAGUUGGUCCAUUGCUGAGAAGUUAUGACAAUAAAAGUGUAAAUGCAAGAUCAAUUGGACAGUUCUGGGAAGAAGAUUUGUCCUGCAUGGAUUGGCUUGAUCAGCAACCUCGUCACUCUGUUUUGUAUGUUGCAUUUGGUAGUUUUAAUCUUUUGGAUCAAAACCAAUUCAAAGAACUAGCACUUGGACUAGACCUUACAAAUAGACCUUUUCUUUGGGUUGUGCGUCAAGAUUCCAAUUGUACCAAUAACAUAACAUACCCAAAUGAAUUCAUAGGUCGUAAAGGUAAGAUAGUUUCAUGGGCUCCACAACAAAAGGUGCUAAGCCACCCUGCCAUAGCUUGUUUUGUUAGCCAUUGUGGUUGGAAUUCAACCAUGGAAGGUUUGUCUAAUGGGGUGCCCUUCCUAUGCUGGCCAUAUUUUUGUGACCAAUUUUUUAACAAAAAAUACAUUUGUGUUGAGUUAAAGGUUGGACUUGGAUUUGACUCAGAUGAAAAUAGAUUCGUGUCACGGUGGGAGAUUAAAACAAAAGUGGACCGACUUGUUAGUGAUGAGAAAAUAAGAUCAAGGUCUCUGAAGUUAAAGGAAAACGUAAUGAGCACAGCAGAAGGAAGUAUGUCUUCAGAGAAUUUCAACAGGUUUGUGAAGUGGCUUAAAGAUUAA